AUGGGCUAUGCGCAACGGAAGGUCGCGAACACGGCUGCUAAACUCGCCCAUGUGUCCUCGCAGCAUCUAAAAGCUCUCCCAAAACACACUCUCGGCCAGGGGACCAGCAAGCCUGCCAACGCGGCACCCACCGUCUUCGACGCACACUCCUGGGCAUCCUCCCAACCGCCUCCGCGUUCCACCCUCACCGCCUUCGCGCAUCGUAUAGGGCUUGCGACGGUCGUGCCGUCGACAGACGUCAUCGAGCAGGCGUGCACACACCCAUCCUUCAUCCAGCUGCACACACAGCAACAUCCAGACCGCCCGCUCCCUACCACCAAUGCCUCGCUCGCGACUCUUGGCAACUCCCUCCUGGGCCUCUUUGCGACGGAGUACGUUAACUCGUCCUUCCCGCACCUUCCGACCCGCGUCAUGAAGGCCGCCGUGAGCGCACACGUCGGCCCGACGACGUGUGCCAACCUCGCGCGCGAAAUCGGCGUGACGCCCAUUCUGCGCUGGCAGCGGACACCCUCAACGACGGCGAACGCUGCAGUCCUGCACGCGGACGCGCUGGCCUCCGUUCCAAGAGCGCUUACCGCAUUGGUGUACCAGUAUAGGUCACUACGUUCGGCACGGAGAUUUGUGGAGAAGUUCUUCUUCAGCCGGGAGGUUGACUUGCGGGGCAUGAUCAAGUUCCGGGAUCCAAAGCAGACGCUGCUGGAGACGGUCGCGAAGUAUGGGCGGGAACGGCCGAUCUCAAGACUGCUCAAAGAGACCGGUCGAUACUCAAAUUCGCCGGUCUUUGUUGUUGGCAUCUUCUCAGGGGCGGACCAGUUGGGUGAGGGUUUCGGUAGCUCAUUGAAAAUGGCCGAAUACCGCGCGGCAGAGGACUCGUUGCUGAGGCUCUAUCUCACGCGGCAGCCCCCACACUUGCUGCAGCUACCGACGUCAACGUUCCCCGAUGUGAAGGAGGGUCUAUUCGAUGCGUCAGCCCCGGAGAGCGCGUAUGCGCCGGUGUCGAUGGGAGACUCGGAGGUGUUGUAUGGCAGUGCUGGUCGGGCGGGCAUACGCGUGCCUGGCGCGCGCUCGUCGGCUGCUCAGGAUGAUUUAGAGGACUACGUAUAGCUAGUAAUGCGAACAUGCCUUAAUUUUGC